AUGGCAACGGGCGCGGCCGCCAUGGCGGCGCCCAGCGUGUUCCUGCUGGCCGUGAGCGGGGAGAUCGAGAGCGGGCAGUUCCCUGGAUUCGAUGACCUCUACUGCAAGUUCUGCUUCGUCUAUGGCCAGGACUGGGUUCCCACCGCGGGUCUGGAGGAGGGAAUCUCCCAGAUCACCUCCAAGAGCGACGUCUCGCCCACCACGCUCGUGUGGAACUUCCCCAUCGACAUCACCUUCAAGAGCACCAACCCUUUUGGCUGGCCACAGAUUGUGCUGAGUGUUUACGGGCCUGACUUCUUCGGACACGACGUGGUCAGAGGUUAUGGAGCUGUUCACGUGCCCUUCACACCUGGAAGGCACAGAAGAACCAUUGCUAUGUUUGUUCCAGAGUCCACAUCGAGGCUGCAGCAGUUUACAAGUUGGCUCACAGGGAGACGCCCGGAAUUUACUGACCCCAAAGUUGUGGCACAGGGAGAGGGACGAGAAGUGACGAGGGUGAGAUCCCAAGGCUUUGUGACCAUUUCCUUCAACGUCAUGACCAAGGACCUGAAGAAGUUGGGCUACGACGUGACCCCCAGUGACCUGCAGAGCCCCUCCCUGGGGCCUGGGGCACAAGGGCUCCACAAGUACUGAACUGUGCCAGGAGGUGCUCAAAAGGCUCACAGAGAAGUUGAGCACUUUGUGGCUUUUUAGGGAAAGGUGGAGCUGGUUAAACUGAGAGAAUUAUUCCAAAAGAAGCACAAGCCCAUGAGGCUUUGGAAUAACUACCAAGUACAGUCCUUUCAGCGCAGGAGAGAAAGAAGUGCAUGUAACAAUGGAAUGACUAAUUGCUUAGUCAUCUUCAGAUUGAAUUUUGGGCAUGUAACCUCUUGUGUUUGACUGCAAAUCCCAGGAGGUGCCUGGGAGAGUGAGGAUACCACCCUAGAAGUGAACUACCAAGACCUCAAACUGUAGAAACACGAGUAAUAACACACAGUGAGGAACCACAAAGCCUCCAGGACAAAGACUCCAGGCAGAGAUUGUUCUUAUUUCGUGCUGAGCAGCGAGAUUGAAUAAAUAGCAUUUCUGAAAACA